ACAAAGAGAUUGGAAUAACUAACACCAUUUUUCACUUCAAAGGCAAAAAAUUAGUCAAAUCGUUCCUUUUCCACAACCAUAGAAAAGAAAAGAAAAAAAAAAUCAACAUGGACACAACUCCUUACACUCCAAACAACCUUUCACCACACUUAACCACCUUCCACUCCAAUAAUAACCAAAACCAUGAUACCAUUGACGAGGUUGCAGCGUUAGAUAACAUGCACCGGAGCAACCACAGCCACACCUCCACCAGCCGUUCCUCCGACGCAAGCGAAACCACCGAAGACGCCAACAAAUGGGCCUCGAGACUUCUCAGAGAGUGCGCAAAAGCCAUAUCAGAACGCGACUCCACCAAAACGCACCAUCUCCUAUGGAUGCUCAACGAACUAGCUUCUCCUUAUGGCGAUUGCGACCAAAAACUGGCUUCAUACUUCUUGCAAGCAUUGUUCUGCAAAGCCACCGAGUCCGGCGAGAGAUGCUACAAAACGCUCUCCUCCGUGGCGGAGAAGAACCACUCCUUCGACUCCAUGCGGAAGCUGAUUCUGAAAUUCCAAGAGGUUAGCCCUUGGACCACGUUCGGCCACGUGGCGUCCAACGGCGCCAUCCUCGAGGCCUUGGAAGGCGAGCCCAAGCUCCACAUCAUCGACAUCAGCAACACUCUCUGCACGCAGUGGCCAACGUUACUAGAAGCCUUGGCCACACGAAACGAUGAAACACCCCACUUGAAACUCACCGUUUUAGCGUUUGCUGGCUCGGUCAUGAAGGAGGUAGGUCAACGCAUGGAGAAGUUCGCGAGACUCAUGGGAGUGCCAUUCCAAUUCAACGUGAUCAACGGCUUAAGCGAAAUCACGAAAGAAGGAUUAGGGAUUGCAGAAGACGAAGCCGUGGCUGUGAAUUGCGUUGGAGCUUUACGAAGAGUGGAAGUGGAAGAAAGAGAAAAUCUAAUUCGUGCUUUCAAGUCUCUGAGUCCUAAGGUUGUCACCGUCGUGGAGGAAGAAGCCGAUUUUCGGGGCUCCGGCGAGGAUUUUCUGAAAUGUUUCGAGGAGUGUCUUAGAUUCUACACUCUCUACUUCGAGAUGCUGGAGGAGAGUUUCGCGGCCACGAGCAACGAGAGGUUGAUGCUGGAGAGGGAGUGUUCGAGGAGCAUUGUUAGGGUUUUGGCUUGUUGUGGCGAGGAGGUUGAAGAUGGUGGAGAGUGUGAGAGAAGAGAGAGAGGGACACAAUGGUGUGAGAGGCUGAGGAAUGUUUUUUCGCCGUUUGGAUUCAGCGAUGACGUGGUGGAUGAUGUGAAAGCGUUGCUGAAGAGGUACCAGCCAGGGUGGUCGCUGGUGGUGUCUCAGGGAGAGGAUCAUGUUUCAGGAAUUUACUUGACAUGGAAGGAGGAACCAGUGAUUUGGGCUUCAGCAUGGAAACCCUAGAAAUUCAAAAAUGUACUCCAAUUCAACAUGUAUGUAUGUUACUAUGUGUAUUAUUAUAUUAUAAAUAUAUAUUUGUGUUUGGUAGCUAGCAAUACUAUAUAGAUAACCUUAAAACCAAGGGAGUGAUGAGAAGUACACUGGAAAUUAAGGUGCUCUAUAUACUAGUAGCAAGUAUUAGCAAUGGAUCAUGGAUCGAUAUAUAUGGAAAGUGAUGAUGAUGACGACCAUGAUAUUAUGGAUUUUUCCUUUUUAACUUUGUCUUGUGAUACUUUGUAAUCUUUCUCCUGUCCAACACUCCUUUAUAAAGAGGAAGCUUUUUGCUUGGGAGUUUGUGUUGUUAAGCUUUACACUUUUAUAUUAUAAUUAAGGUCAUUGCUUUGCUCUUGUU